AUGGUGUCCUCCCGCCGCCGGCCCGGCCCGACCGCUCCGGCCCGGUCCGUCCCCGCCCCUCCGCGGCCCUUCCGCUUCCGGCUUCCGCCGGGGCGGGGCCGGUUCCGCCGGGGCGGGGCCGCGAUGGCCGCGGGUCGGCCCCCGCCCACGGUGCUGCUGCUGGGGGCGGCGGGCGGCGGCAAGAGCCUCUUGGUGCGGCGGCUACGCCAGCUGAGCGCCGAGGAGCCGGCGGGGCUGGGCGAGCCUCCGGCCACGCUGCCCACGGUAGGCAGGGCCCGGCGGGGCCGAGGGGCGGCGGGGGGCGGCGGGCACGGCCGCACCCAGCCCAGCGCCUGUCCCGCAGGUGGGCACCAACCUGACCGACCUGCGGCUGCCGCGGAAGGUGACGGUGCGGGAGCUGGGCGGCUGCAUGGGCCCCAUCUGGCCCAGCUACUACAGCGAGUGCAGCGCUCUUCUGGUGAGCGGCACCGGCACCCCUUCGUGGUCGAUGCCUCCAACCCCACCCAGGUCUCCUCGUCCUGCAUCCAGCUGCUCUCCGUCCUUUCGGCAGCGCCGCUCGCCUCCGUGCCCGUUCUGGUGCUCUUCAACAAGAUUGACCUGCCCUGCUACAUGUCGCUGCUGGAGAUGAAGUCACUGUUCCGCAUGCAGGACAUCGUGUCCUGUGCCACGCAGCCCAUCACGAUGCUGGAGACCAGCGCCCGCGACGGGACCGGUCUGGCCGAUGUCCUGCAGUGGCUUCGGGCCACCCUUGGAAACCCCCAUUGACCCCAACCCUGCCAGGUGCCUGCAGCAGCCCAGGACAAUUCUGUCACCAAAGGAGGUGGCCAGGGAGCAGCUGCCUUGCAUGGUGCUGGGAGCAGGGCCUGGAACAGUGUCACAGGCUGGUGACAGACUGUAUCCCCAUGGGACUUCACAGUAAAACUCUGACCAAACUGUC